UUGCGACAAGCGGCGAGCAAAAUGGCUCGCCCAAACACCAAACGGCUCCUCCCGAUCCUCCUCGCAACGGCUGCGCGAGCGCUGCUUCCCCCACGGCAGCAUGGCAUCAGCAUGAGGAGAGCACCACCCUGCCAACCAAAGCGCCGCAGAACCAAAGCACCAAACGCCGCAGCGCGCACGGCGCCAAAGCGACAGACGACCGCGCUGUCCGCGUCGAAGGACGAAAACGUCGGGAAACAAGGCGCCGUCGCCGCCGCCGAGCCCUUCGUCGAGGCCGAGGCCGGGUUCAUCGACGGAGCCGCCGGUCCGGCGGCCGCCGCGGCGCCGCAGCCAACGGCCAUGGACGCCGUAACACUUGUAGCGGUCGCCGCGCCACCUUCAAAGACGAAGCCAAAACCCGACAAAAAACGGCAACAAAACAAAAGCCCCCAAAGCCUCAAGGUCGCCGCCGCGAUCAUAGCCCUCGCCGCCACGGCGCCGGUCCCGACGACCCUCUUCGCCUGGCACCCCGCGCUCGCGGCGCUCUCGCUCCCGCUCGCGGCGGCCGCGGGCGUCGUCGUCGCGGGCCGCGCCGCCGCCGCGAAGCGCGCCUCGGGCGCGGACCGCCGCGCGACGCUCGAGCGGCGCGUCAAGCUGCACUUUGUGCUGAGCGCGGCGGCGUCGUGGUGCCUCGUGCUCUCGACGGCGGCCGUCUUCCUGUCGAAGGCCCAGGCGCGGCGCCCCCACCUCGUCAGCGCGCACGCGCGGGCCGGCGCCGCCGCCCUGGUCGCGUGGUUCGGCGCGCUGCUCGCGGCCGAGCUCAAGGUCUGGCGCGACGGGCCGCCCUGGCGCGCCGCGCCGCGCUUCCUCUGGUCGGACCAGAGCCACCGGCGCCUCGGCGUCGGCGCGCUGCUCGUCCUCGGCGGCGCGGCGGCGACGGGCCUCGCGCUGACGGGCUUCGGCGGGCGCCUCGCGGCGCCGCGGCGGCGGACCGCGCUCGCGGCCGUGUGCGCUGGUUUUGUUCUCGAGGCCUACGACCGGCGCCGUGACUUCGCGAAGGUCCUCGGGCGGCUCCCCCGGCGGCGCGCCGCGCCCGGGGAGGCGGUCGCCGCCGUCGUCGUCCCGGAGCCGGGCGCGGCGCACUAG